UAUCUUUCACUUCCAAUUGCUCUUAAACUUAUAAAAAACAAUGGUCAACUUAAAUACAAGUGCAGCAGUGCUCACAGGAAAUGAGAUCAAUCAGUUAUCUGCAGCUGUGAUUCUUCUAGGAGUAUUGGUAUUGGCUCUAGGAUUCCUCGUCAUCGGACUUCACAUUCGUACAGUGAACAAAAUUUCGAAGGUCUUCAACGAAAUUGACUUGGAAGGGGGACUACAAGUUCCUAAAGAAAAGCCACCACAACAAGGCCCCUUACAACAGGGAUUGCUAGACCCAAGGUUUCCUGCUUCAAGGACUCUCGACAGCACUAGCAGGUCAAAAAUAUGGAAGACGAGAACGGAAAGGGAUAGAUCAGCGCGUUCAAAGGUAGGUUUGGGUGCCCGCAAACACAAAUACGUGUCUUCGAGUAUCUUCCCAGAUGAACUCGUUUUCAUCUCCGAGAGUGAAGAUUCCAGAAGGGUGCAGAAAUUCAUAACGGCGGGUAGAGAAGUCGUCAAAAAAGAAAUGCCUCCAAAAGGGGAGGAUGGAAUAAACUCCUGUGGAAACAAUGAAGUUGAGAAGAAAACUGACAAAGGGGAUCAAAGUGUCUCUGAAUAUUUAACAUCAAAUGAAUCAGAAAGCGAACUAUACACCUACCCAAAUGGAGCAGGGACAGUGACAUUUGCUUCAAAUAACACAACAGAGGAGUUACAGAGAAAUCGUAAAUCUAUCUCAGAAAAUAAUUUGCUAAUCAAAGACAAUACAUCUCGCGGAGCUGGCCAGUUCCCGAAACAGCUUGUAACGAGAUCUCGUGACCAGAAUCAGGGGGAUCAGGAUUAUUGCCUUACUGUUUGAAAAGUCUACCGACAUACGCUCUGACACACGCUCUGACAUACGCUCUGACACACGCUCUGACAUACGCUCUGACACACGCUCUGACACACGCUCUGACACACGC